AUACAUACACAUUUCAUAAUUAAUUGUAUGAUUUGUACCAUUUGUAUCCAGUAUCCUGGAAUGAAUUUUAAACAGAAAAGUUUUGUAGUUGAAAAGAAUUUGUGAAGAUAUUUUCAAAAUUUCCCUGAAAAAUGGAAAUGUAAGGUUAGCAAUUGUUCUAACGAAAAAUGAGCAAUAUAUAUAUACAAGAACCUCCAACAAAUGGAAAGGUUCUGCUGAACACCAGUGUUGGUGAUAUUGACAUAGAACUUUGGUCAAAGGAAGCUCCUAAAGCAUGCCGAAAUUUUGUGCAGCUUUGUCUUGAAGGUUACUAUGACAACACCAUAUUUCAUCGAAUUGUCAAAGGUUUUUGUGUCCAGGGUGGCGAUCCAACUGGUACUGGUUCAGGUGGUGAUUCAAUAUACGGUGAACCAUUUAAGAAUGAAGCGCAUCAGAGACUGAGAUUUGUAAGACGAGGACUGGUUGCAACAGCCAACUCUGGGCAAAAUGAUAAUGGCAGUCAAUUCUUCUUCACUCUUGGCAGAGCUGAUGAACUGCAUGGCAAACAUACAAUCUUUGGAAAAGUCACUGGAAACACAAUCUACAACAUGCUUGAUAUGGAGAAUAUGGAAGUUGACCAAAAUGACUUCCCGGUUUAUCCCCCAAAAAUACUGAAUACAGAGGUUCUCUCCAAUCCAUUUGAUGAUAUUGUUCCCAGAGAAAAAGUGAAAAAUGUUGUGGAAGAAUCUGUGAAUAAGAAGCAAAAGAAGAUAAAGGGAACAAAGAAUUUUAGUCUCUUGUCAUUUGGCGAAGAAGCCGAAGACGACGAAGAAGAAGUUCAGAGUUUAAAUAAGAAAAUCAAAAUCAAAAGCAGUCAUGAUGUGUUAAAUGAUCCCAAACUAAGUGCUGUUCCCGCUUUGGAACAGACAGAAAACGACAAAUCUCGUAGUGUUGAUGUACUUGAUGAAGAAAUGGCUGAUAGUAUUCGACGAAAAUUAAAAAAACCAAAAAAUGAAGAAAAAAGUCUUGAAAAGAGCGCCAAAGAUGAGAUUGAGGAUGGAAAGUCUGAUAAAAGGAAAGAAUUACAACGUGAAUCAAAAAGACUUCAACGUGAAUUAAGAGAAGCCAGAAAGUCAAAGCAAAACGAUGAAAAGCAGGAAGAAAAAAAAGGCGACGAUGAUGUGAAAGAUGACGAGCUUGGAGCGUUGAAAGAAUUUCGCCAAGAAAGAAAGGAGUAUUUGCACAAGAAAAACGAAAGCAUUAAGAAAAAGGGAUCCGGACGAGAAGAGCAGACAUUACAGUUGCUGUCAAGUUUCAUGACGAAACUUGAAAAUCCUGAAGAAGGAAAUGAUUUGUCUGCCUUACCGGAUGACAUAACUGACGGUGAAGUUGAAGAGAAUGAAGAUGAGGGAGACGCUUGGCUGCAUCAUAAACUCAUAUUUGAAGAGCAAGAUCGUAAAGUGAAAGACGCUAACGUUCGUGAUGAGGAUACUUUUGAAAUAUUUGAUCCUCGUAAUCCAAUCAACAAACGACGACGGGAAGAAAGCAAAAAUAAGCAAAAAGAGAAAAGACGGAGAUGACAUGUUACAGGCAACGUUCAAGAUCGUCCAUGUCAUUGUGUUUGAACCAGUACACCUUGCUGCGAGAUGCUGUUACACCUUUCUGAAUGGCAAAACACACGCCGUCAUCGCUACACAUCAUCACAAAAAAAGAAAGAAAAAGCAACAUAGUUAGCAUAAUAUUUGCUAUGGCUGGAAUAACAGACGGAAUGUUGUUUCUUUAACUUUAUCAUGAGAAAUUACCGCGGCGCAUUUUAAAGAAAUCUUUUUUUAUAUAAAUAAGAACAAUUAACAAUAAAAUAAACAAGUUUGAAAUGUAUAUGCAUUUUGACGGGAGAAUGUAUUUGUACCGCUUUUUCAAAAUUUGUUGUUUUAUGUUAGCAUCUUCUACCGACUACAACUUAUUUAGCAGAGGUUCUUAUUCAGAAUGGCACUUACUCAAGGAGGGUUAUGUGUUAAGUUACCAUGGUUAAACACAACAUAAAAAUGUAAAAUAAAAAAAAACAAUAAAUGCUGUAAAAGGGAACUUUGCAUGCACAUAUUCUAUCUUUGUACAAUUGCAUUUCAAUUCAUCAGCUUGUUAGUUAAAAAGUUUGACUGAAAAUAAUUAAAAAUUUUCUGAAAUGUA